UGUGAAUAUUAUUUAUUUACAAUGUAUAGUUAGUUUAAUCAAUUUCAUGCACAAUCAUCCUUAUCAAGUCAAACUUCUUCAACAGUCUACAUUCAGUUCAUCAGUUACAUGUUUUCCAGUUCUACAGAACAAACCAAAAAGUGGAUUCAGAAACUCCUGAAAGUGCACCUGCGCCGUGCGCUUUAGACCAUGCCCUUAGAUCGUUAAAAUAGGGCCCUAUGACUGCACUGUGUGUAUUAGCACAUAAGUGUAUGUUAGUAUACAUUUGGAAUUGUCUCUCUUGAUUAAAUGUAAUGGAGCAAAAGGUCUUUUCUGCCUUCCAAAGGCAAAGCGCAGUGACUACACAUCUGGUCAAAAUUGAGUUAAGUCCUAAAAUGGGCUUUGUGACAUCUGAUCUGCCUUGUGACAAAGUCUCCUGGUUCAAUUUUGUCCCGUUUCAGAGAAACAAGAAUGUCAAAAUUGCAGUAACUACAAAAUCCAAGCUAAUACCAAGGCAAACCGCAGUAAAUGAAGUUACUGCAUUCUGGCUUUGUUUUCCUGUUUGACACUGUAGCAAAUCAGCUCAAAAGGGAAAUGUGUAUACAUAAUUACAAUUAAUUAUAAUUAAUUACAAUUAUUUAUAUCGGCUGACAGUAAUAACUGUAGCAGAAUUAAAUUGCCAUCAACUGAUCUGUUCGUAUCAACUCUAAGAAAAGAUAUUUCCGUGGCCACAGGAAAUACUUUCAUAUUAAUGCAUUGGAGCAUGUAGCGAGGGUCAAAAUCGUAAAGAGACAUUAAUUUGUGCACACAACUUUUAUUAACUAAACGCUAACACACAUAACUAAUCUAAACAAACAAACAAAUAAACAUACACUCACGCGCACAUACAAAGGGGAGCUAAAGUGGAUGAAUGAAACCAGAGUAUGCAGUUAUGGAAAGAGUCAGUUAACCACCUGAGUAAAACCAUUAGUGCCAUUUAUAACGGGGUCUAUAACUUAUGCUAAACCUCUGUUUCGUUUAAUUAAAUGUACGAUACUUGCAUUGCCUUGGUCGUUAACGAGUGUCCGGAAUGUCAGGCUCUCCAUACAGGCAGCAAUCAAAAGAUUUAGCAGAAGAGCUUUUGCAGAAGAGAAGACGGAACUGUGCGUAAGCCCUUUAAGGUCUGAGAAGAGUCACGCCUUUCAGGAUGGGCUUGACCAAUGAGAAAGGCUGAAUUUCCAAGCGGGAGUUUGGAAAUACUGGGGGGUUUUAUGACCCUUUGUCUGAAAGCAUGGUAAUUUGCAUGUGAACUGGAUUGGAAGUUGAUAUACAAACUAUUAAAGAUUCUUAGAAUACUAACAUGUUGCAUAGGUAUCAACAUAUAAUAUACACUCUCAAUUAGAUCAUCCGGAGACAAAUUGAUAGAGACAAAACAUGGUAUAGGUGAGGUGUUAUUAACUAGUGAUCUAUCAAAAGCGUGCAUAAAACAGUAUACAAUACACAAAACCAUAUACAAGGAGGUAGUAAUCAUACACAAAGACAUGGGAAUAUGCAUGACAGGAAAGUCAUAGAAAAAGUUGUCUAUGAAUUAAUGAAAGAAGUCAUUUCCUAUAGCAGCAUGUGUUGGUUUUAGAGAGAACUGAGUAGGAAGGAAGAUUAUCUCUACAUACUUUUAGGUCCUAAAGUUUAUCUGGUCUGUCUGAAAUGUCCUGGUUGUCAUGGUAACCGGGGGCCUGGAGUCAUUCACAGACAUACUGGCACCCAGUAUGUGUAUUGGGUGAGGGGUCUGUGACUAUUUGUUAAUCUAAUGACUAAUUGAUUUGUUGAAUCUAAUGAAAAAUUGUGUGACUGAUUGGUCCAAAUGCUACAACACUGCAGAUACUGUGCGGUCUUCCUUAGUAUCCCGCAGCCAAAUGAUGGUUGAACUCGUGUUAAAACGCAAACAUCCAAAGAUGGGCAGGGAAGAUAGCAAAAUAUUAACUCCUAGCAAGGCAAAUGACAGCUCUGUAAUCAGUUAACUAGCCAGCCGCUAGCAAAUUAAACAGCCUACCUGCACUGCUCGAUAUCUACUCUGACAACGUAAUGAUAAUUUGAUUUAUAAUCGUGUUGAUGUUUGUUGAUUCGGACUUCUCUACACGAUUCAGGCAGCUUACCCAAUUGUAGUAACCAAUUGUAGGGGUCCCAGUCAACAAUUUGAUCUCACAGUGAUCUCACCAUGAUCUCCCAGGAUACUCGUGAUGAGGUCACAAUGUGAGGUAACAGUGAGCUAAAAGUGUAACCUCACAGCGCCCUCAUUGCGUGCUCAUACUAAUGUGAGGUCAAAGUGCACUCACUGGACAGAGACUAGGUACCCAGAAUGUUCUGCAGCAUGAAGCUUUUGACUGUCACCAUUGUUGAGAUUCAUACACCGAUUCUUGAUGUCUUUGUUUUUGAAUGACACCAUAGGUCAAAAUGUGUGUGACUUAUCAUGCUUUUAACUCUCUGGGGUCGGCUAUAUCACCGGCAAUACCAGAUCAGUGCAAAAGACACUAAGAAUACUCUGAUUUUGGUCACACAAAUAAGUGUUAUACAUCAAUCGAAACUGUUAAGUGUCUACUUUUAUUUGUGUACACUCACAAUAACAACACAACUUUGUGCUUUUGGAAAAAUAAGAAAACAAACAGGGUGCGCUCUCUGUCUUCUCCAUCUCCGCGAACUGCUUUUAGAAACGCGUCACUAAAAUGAACUAUAACUCAGCAAAUAGGAAAAUGGGAGUUAUAUCAAUAGAAAGCUUGCAGUGUCUGCUUUUAACCCUCUGGGGUCGACAAACGUGGAUACGCGUUUUGAGGCAGAUUUUCCUGAUAAGGCCGAAAUGAGCUUGAAUUACUCUGCCAUUUUUGAUCGUACAGAUAAGUGCAAUACACCAUUCGAAUCUGUAAGGGGUCUACUUUUAUUUGUAUACACUCAUAAUAACAACCUUGUGUCAGAAACGCGCUGAGAGGAAAAAGACUUGUAUUUACCCCCAGAAGAUGCGCUGAGAGGAAAAAGCUUUGUUUACCUCACAAACAGAGCGUGAAUGCUGCUGGAGCCGGCGGAGGAGAUACCGGGUAAGUAAUGUUUUGGCAUUCGAUAAUGUGUUGUUGUGACAAAGUUGAACGCAUUUACAAGUUGAACUUUUCCCAAACUAUAACUCCAGAAUAAAAUAUGUGAAAUCGAGUGCAACAUUUUGAAAUAUGAAAUGCACUUUCAUUACAUUUAAAUGUUGCACGAUGUGAGGAUAGUUAAGUAAUGUCUAAGAAAGUUUAGACCAAUCUUUAUGCUUCAUUUAUUUUGAAUAGUAACAAUAUGUAGGCCUAUAUAUUAUAAUAAAUAUAAUGUACUGUUUUUGCUGUACUUUGGAUCAAAUAAAUGCAGGCUUGGUGAGCCGAAGACACUUCUUAAAAAAAACCCAUUACAAAUCUUACUGUAAUUUGACUGGUAGUGUAUGUAUUGUCACCAUGUUUGCUUUGUCUUUGUCCGUUCAUUGUGUUGCUCACGUCUGUUUUGUGUUUUCUCAUGCAGUUUCUGCUGUCUCCCGUUUUCCUGGGUUCCAGUUUCCUGCCACUGUUUUGGAUAUUUUGGAUAUUGCACCCACGAUGUCUUGACUCUUCUGUUGUUUAUUUGUUUGUUUGUUCCUAAUAAACUGUUUAACUGCACUCGCAAGUGAAUCUCAAGUUAUUUUAUGUGAUAGUUAUAUGUAUACACAUUUCUUUUUUUCCUCACAUUAUUUCUUGUAGCAAUUCCCCCUGUCACACACCUGACUCAAUGGCUCAUUAUGGAGCUCAUUAAGCGGGUCUUUGUCUUCUCAGGUGUGAGUCACAGCAUUAUCCAGGAUAGUUCACGCCCUCUCGCAUAGACCCUUUCUACUCAAAAAGUGACUUAGAAAGUUUAAAUCAAUAUAUUGUUUUCUCUGAAUGAGUGAGUUAGAUUAUUUUCAGAUCAUUUUGAAGCAAAUAUUCUAAUUAACCCUUUUGUGAAUCAAGCUUAAUGCUUCAUGAAGCUUCAUUUCACCAUCCCUAAAUGAAGCUUCAUGAAGCCUCAUUAAGCUUUUCAGCUUUUCAGCCAAGUGGUUCAUAAAAGGGUUCAUUUCUGGAGGCUUCAUUUGCUCACAAUACCAGCUGGUGGCCAAAGAGUGUAAAACAAGUAGAUAUAUUACAGACAGAGGUGUAAAGUCCAGGGGUCAGAAAGUAAAAGUCCUGCCAUGUGUUUAUUCCACCCAUGAACUCAGCAGCUGAUUUCAUCAGAGAAUGAGACCUAUACUCUGGAUUUUCGGAUCCUCCGCAGCAAUCCGUCGGCCCCAGGAUUACUACUUCUCCGCCAGAAACAGCUGCUCUAUCGCAGCCGUCGCUCUGCUCAACCAGCAAGAUUUUCCCGACACGGGGGCUUAACCUCGCCUCCACCGCCGAAACUUCCAACUUCCCCGGCAUGCUCGUACCAUUCGGCCGCGCCAAACAAUUCCUCUGAUCGGAAGUGGACAGUAUUUUAAUCCAGAGGCAAACGCUGAUUAAUUCCGCCGCUCCGUUCUCGUGGAGGAUAAACAAACGGAUGCGUACAAACUAUUCGUCACCCUGCAAAUCAGCCAACCUCACUCCUGAAUCCACUCCAGCCUCCAAGGCGGCCAAAAGAUCGAGCAAAGCACCGAUCUCCCCUCGCUCGACACCACCAUUGUCCCGCACAAGACCCGGCUCUCCGCGAGCGUCGGGUCACAGCAGCAGGCCUUCAAUGAGCCUGGGCCACGCCCCAGUUCUCACUGCAGCAAAGCCUUACUUUUUAUUUUUCACCAGCAUUUUACCUGUAUUUAAUUUACUCAUUAUAUUUAAAUGGAUGGACAGGUAAGUUGGAUAACUUCAAUAGUGGAAGAUAAGUUUCACUGUUGAUCACAGUGGACCAACAGUAAUGAUUAACAAUCAUAAGUACAAACAAAAAAUCAAGGCAUAUCACAAACAAUUAUUGAACAAGUGCAACCUACAACUUACUUCUCAUAUGAAGUGCAUACUGCUAGGCACCUCUCAAGUGUCUAACGUUGCCAGCCGAUGUGCCGCUUAGCUGGCUAGCCGUGUCAAUACUUUUCAUUUUGUGUGGUUAAGCAAAAAAUGCAUGCCUUUCAUCAUUAUCACUUUUUAAAGACUGCCAAAUACAUUUUAAAAAUAGCUACAAUUGUUGCUAGUUGCUUUUAAAAGCAAGUCACUAGGUAGUCCGACAUGGCUUUCACAUCUCAGGCUUACCUUCUACCUCCCCUAACCCCUUUCCUUUUCAGCGGUCUCCAGCUCCCGUAGAGGACACUAGCACGAGGUCCCUGCUAGCAGUGCAGGCUGCACAGGCUCUACAGCUUUUCCCUGAAUGUCACAAACCCCCUUGGCCUGCAGCUACAGCAGCUGUAGCAAGCGCGAAGCUGCCUCCGCUUACAACACAGGCCCUCACGUGUCUUUUCCCCUGUUACUUCUAACCCCUCCUCCUUUCCAGUUUCCUCUAUCCCCAUAGCAGACGCUAGCACGAGGUCGCCACAGCCAUCCCCUCUAACCCCACCAAAUCCACCCAUAGCGGCCCAUCUCCACUUCAACAGUCCCAGCAGCACCCCGCUCCCGCAGGAGCUCUAUCUGUAUGUCUCCACUGCCGGAGCAGCGUCUGCUCCCGCAGGAGCCCUAUCUGUAUUUCCCCACUGCCGCAGCAGUGUCUGCUCCCGCAGGAGCUCUAUCUGUAUGUUCCCACUGCCGCAGCAGUGUCUGCACCCGCAGGAGCUCUAUCUGUAUGUCUCCACUGCCGCAGCAGCGUCUGCUCCCACAGAAGCCCUAUCUGUAUGUCUCCACUGCCGCAGCAGCGUCUGCUCCCGCAGGAGCUCUAUCUGUAUGUCUCCACUGCCGCAGCAUUGUAUGCACCCGCAGGAGCUCUAUCUGUAUGUCUCCACUGCCGCAGCAGCGUCUGCUCCCACAGGAGCCCUAUCUCUAUUUCUCCACUGCCGCAGCAGUGUCUGCUCCCGCAGGAGCUCUUUAUUUUCCCACUGCCGCAGCAGUGUCUGCUCCCGCAGCAGCCCUAUCUAUAUUUUCCCACUGCCGCAGCAGUGUCUGCUCCCGCAGCAGCCCUAUCUAUAUUUUCCCACUGCCGCAGCCCUAUCUGUAUUUCCCUCUCAUCUCUACUUUUCAGAUGCCGCAGCAGUUCCCUGCAGAAGCCAUUUAAUCUUUUCAGGUGCUGCCGCAGCUUCCGCAGAAACCACAUUUUCUUUUCAGAUGCCGCAGCAGUGUCCGCUCCCGCAGGAGCCAAACUCUCUUCUCGAAGGCCACAGCAGUGCCGUUACUCCAAGCGACGUCCAGCACCCCACCAACCUUAAGCUCUGCAAAUAUUGGGAGGUUAUCAACGCACCUCUCUGGCUGCUGUCCCGCGCUUAUUGCAUCUUUGGGGGGAACACUCUGGGUCCGGGCUAAAUGCCGAGCUCGGACCCCUCUCCCCAGACAGGGGGAUUACCCUGGGCUCGGGAGUGAUUACCGAGCUCGGAGCCCUCCCCCUGGACAGCACGCCAAAUACGCAUAAUCUUUACUCAGUUUAUUAUAGGUAAGAGUGAACUCGUGAAGUGAUGUUUUAUUAACAAAUUUCGGGAGGAGCUCGCACAGAUAAUUAACACGGCCAAUUCAUCAUCAGUAAUCACACCACCUAUCCAAUCAGCACGAGAGAGAACCCCUAUAAAUAAUCAACAAUCUUACCUUCAUUAUCUCUCGUCUUCCAGCAUCCCUCCACCACCCCGACUCCUCACCUUCAGCCCGUUUCUACCCCAGCAUGGGGAGGAGCACUUGGGUGGGGGAGAACGCUCUGGGUCCGGGCUAAAUGCCGAGCUCGGACCCCUCUCCCCAGACAGGGGGAGUACUCUGGGCUCGGGAGUGAUUACCGAGCUCGGAGCCCUCCCCCUGGACAGCACGCCAAAUACGCAUAAUCUUUACUCAGUUUAUAAUAGGUAAGAGUGAACUCGUGAAAUGAUGAUUGUGCAUUAGUGAUGAACACCUGCUGUUACUGAGCAUUACAGAGGAUCAGAUGUUGAUGUUUUAUUGGAUAAAAUGAUACCACCAUCAUUUAAUUUAACACCGGGGAUUUUGCUGUGUAGAGCAGCUCUAGAAAGAGGACAAUAGUAAACAGACAACUCACAGUGAUGUGGAGGCUGAUGUGAAUCAAAUUUUCGGUUGAUUAGAGAGGUUUGCUUGUGUCUUAAUGUGAUUAAGUCCAUACUCUGAUUUUUGGAAAUAAUUGCAUUUUUUGUGCACGUCAUUCUUAAAGAUCUGCUUUGAAAAACAUGUAUUAUUUGUGUGUGUGACGACCCCUGUCGUCUUUUCAUGGAACUGCCGCUGAGUCCGCAAAUUACCUUGAUUGGCAGUCGUUUGAAACACCUGUUUGUUAUUAGAUGCUUUGUUAAAAGUGGCCUCCGCUUGGAGGGAAAAUUCUCGUUAUUUAAUUGCACAUUAUAAUUGAUUUUUGGCGAUUGUUUUCAUGGCUGAUGUUGAUUUCUUUAAUUCGCCGUCUUGUAAUCUUUUGGAAAAAUGCACAAAAGAAAAGGUUAUUAAAAAUUGCGGAUAGGUAUGAAAUUGUAAUUUCUGAUAAGAGACUCAAAGAAAAUAUUAAAGUAAUUUUAAGGACAAAUUUGAUUGAAAAAGGCAUUUUGAAAAUGGAAGAGUCUGGAUCGGUUGUAUCUUCCUUGCAGACUAAUCUGUCAUUUGAACAACAAAAGGAAUUAUUGCUUUUACAGAUGGAGCAUGAGAGAUUGAAACAUCGUUCUGAACAGGGUAAGAUCGAGUUGGAAAAGGCAAAGUUGGAAUUAGAAGCUCUCAAAUUGAAUGUGAUGAAGGAGGGUAAAUUUUCUAACGGCACGGAAGAACAAGGUGGUGUAUGGUCACUGUUGACUGUCAUCUCUUUAAUCCUGUGUUUCAUAUCCACCACUUCUGCUGAACCAAGAGCAGCAGUUGGUCCAGUUUUGAACUGUGAGAUUGAUAAUGGAACGUACAUCUGCACUGGUGCUCAGUAUCGCAUGUACUGCAACACAAGAAUGCAUCAUUUCAACUACCAGAGACACCAAAACCAAAACCAAUACCAAUGCAUAAGUAAUGACUGUAUCUGUGUUGGUAAUAAGGACACCUGUGCAUGCUAUUAUAAUACUUCAUCCUGCUUCUGUGAUAUCUUUAGCAAUAACAUCACUGUUCCUACAGCAGUUAGGCCAGUCUAUGAAUGUAUGCGUUAUAAUGACCUGUACAUCUGCACUGGUGCUCAGUAUAGCAUGAAUUGCAACACAAGUGUACAUGAUUUUCAUUACAAUAGAUACCAUUACCACUGUAUGAGUGGUAACUGUGACUGCAUUGGUAAUAAGGACACCUGUUCAUGCUACAGAAGCACUUUGUCUUCCUGCUUCUGCACAAAUCACAGCAGUAGUAUCACUAUUCCUGCAGCAGUUAGUCCGGUCAAUGACUGUGUGCUUUAUAACGACACCUACAUCUGCACUGGUGCUCAGUAUCGCAUGUACUGCAACACAAGAAUGCAUUAUUUCAACUACCAGAGAUAUAGAAACCAAAACCAAUACUUGUCCCAAUGCAGUGGUAAUAACUGCUACUGCACUGGAAAUAAGGACACCUGUACAUGCUACAGUAGCACUUUGUCCUCCUGCUUCUGUGAGAAUUACAGCAAUAUCAUCACCAUCCCUGCAGCAGUUCGUCCAGUCACAGACCCUGACUGUGUGCUUUAUAAUGACACGUACACCUGCACUGGUGCUCAGUAUCGUAUGUACUGCAACACAAGAAUGCAUGAUUUCUCCUUCCAGAGAUAUCAGUACCAAGACAGGUACCAGUGUGUGAAUAAUAACUGUAACUGCUUUGGUAAUAAGGACACCUGUACAUGCUCUAGUAGUACUUUGUCCUCCUGUUUCUGUGAGACUUAUGGCAAUAUCAUUGCUCUCAUUACAGCAGUUACUCCAGUCUAUGACUGUGUGCUUUAUGAUACAUCAUACAUAUGCACUGGUGCUCAAUACCAAAUGUACUGUAACACAAGAAUGCAUGAGUUCAACUUCCAGAGAUAUAGAAACCAAAACCAAUAUCUGUUCCAAUGUUGGAAUAAUAACUGUAACUGCUUUGGUAAUAAGGACACCUGUACAUGCUCUAGUAGCACUUUGUCCUCCUGCUUCUGCAAGACUUAUGGCAAUAUCAUUGCUCUCACUUCAGCAGUUAGUCCAGCUUAUGGCUGUGAGUUAUAUAAUGACAUAUACAUCUGCACUGGUGUUCAAUACCGCAUGUACUGCAACACAACAGUGCAUGAUUUCUACUAUCAGAAAUAUCAGAGCCAGAGCCAAAACAAAUACCAGUAUCAAUGUGUGAAUAAUAAUUGUUACUGCAUUGGUAAUAAGGACACCUGUACAUGCUACAGCAGCACUUUGUCCUCCUGCUUUUGUGAGACUUACGGCAAUAACAUAAUCAUCCCUACAGCAGUUAGUCCACCGAGAGUCUCUCAAUGUGUGCUUUUUAAUGACACGUACAUCUGCACUGGUGCUCAGUAUCGCUUGUUCUGUGACACAAGAAUGCAUGAUUUCUACUAUCGGAGAUAUAGAGACCAAAACCAAGACGAGUACCAGUGUGUGAAUAAUAACUGUUACUGCAUUGGUAAUAAGGACACUUGUACAUGCUCUAGUAGCACUUUUUCCUCCUGCUUCUGUGAGACUUACGGCAAUAGCAUUGCUCUCACUACAGCAGUUAGUCCAGCUUAUGGCUGUGUGCUUUAUAACAACACGGCAUACAUCUGCACUGGGGCUCAGUACCGCAUGUACUGCAACACAAGUGUACAUGAUUUCCAUUAUGAUAGAUACCAUUACCACUGUGUGAAUAAUAACUGUUACUGCUUUGGUAAUAAGGACACCUGUUCAUGCUCUAGUAGCACCUUGUCCUCCUGCUUCUGUAAGACUUAUGGCAAUACCAUUGCUCUCACUACAGCAGUUAGUCCAGUCUAUGACUGUGUGCUUUAUAAUGACACAUACAUCUGCACUGGUGCUCAGUACCACAUGUACUGCAACACAAGUGUACAUGAUUUCCAUUACAGUAGAUACCAUUACCACUGUUUAAAUAAUAACUGUUACUGCAUUGGUAAUAAGGACACCUGUUCAUGCUAUAGUAGCACUUCAUCCUCCUGCUUCUGCACAAAUCACAGCAGUAGCAUCACUAUUCCUGCGGCAGUUAGUCCGGUCUAUGACUGUGUGCUUUAUAAUGACACAUACAUCUGCACUGGUGCUCAGUACCGCAUGUACUGCAAUACAAUAAUGCAUUAUUUCUACUAUUGGAGAUAUAGAAACCAAAACCGAUAUGAAUAUGAAUGCUGGGGUAAUAACUGUUACUGCAUUGGUAAUAAGGACACUUGUACAUGCUACAGCAGCUCUAUAUCCUCCUGCUUCUGUGAGUCUAACAUCUUCCCAACCACACUCAGUCCAACUACUGCAGGUGUGAAUAUCACACUGCCGGAUCAAUACAGGAAUCAGACCUCCAGAGGAUAUCUUCAAAAUCUUCUUGAGCAGAUAGAGUACAUUUCAGCUCAAGAGCUUUCUUUGUAUACUGUGACGAACAUUUUGACUGUGGUCUUCAAUGCUUCAGAGAAGAUUUUAGAUUCAUCAUCAUCAGCAAACCCAACUGAACUAGCCUCCUAUGGAAACCGCUUGUUAAAAGCCAGUGAGAAGCUCAGCUCUACAUUAGUGAAGCCAACAAACACAAGUGACAGUGUCAGUUUUACUCUUCCUGCUGUAGAGGGUCAAGUCUUCAUGGUUGGACCACAGUUCACCUUAGAUAAAAUCCCUCGACUUGACACAACACAUUCUUCUGUGGACAUUGAUCUCAUUGGGAUCGCCAAGAACAACAAUGGAAGAGCUGCUGUGGCUUUCAUGAGCUACAACACGAUGGAGAAUCUACUGAAGCCAGACUUCUUCAACACAUCAAAAGACACGAUUAAAACCAUGAUGUCUACUGUGAUCUCAGCUACUCUUCCCAAAACCACCAACACUACACUCACCAAACCAGUCAACUUCACCUUCAGACACAUCAGAGAGUUUGAUCCCAGCGGUUCUCUGUCCUGUGUGUACUGGAAUAUCAGCGAGUGGAUUGUAGAUGGUUGUUCUGUUUUAAAGACCAACAGCAGCUACACUGUGUGUUCCUGUGUUCAUCUGUCCACAUUCGCUCUUGUGCAAAUCAGCCACCCACCAGAGAUGGAUCUGGUGAUUUUGUUGUGUGUGAUCAUGGGACUGGUGUUCUUCAGUUUGGCCUUGUUGACCUUUGUCCUUUAUAAGUGGAGUCAUGUGCGUGAUUGGAUACGUGGUUGCGUUGUGCUGGGUCCUGAAGGCUACAACAGGGAAGAGCUACGCUGCAGUACACGAAGUGCUUCAGAUGCUGUGGACUCAAAACCAGCUACAUCAAAAGUGUCCCAAAAAACAAUGAGGAACACAACAUCAUGUUAACCCUAGAAUGUAUGAACCAAAAUCAAGACAGAUGCAUAAAGGGGGUCAAAAUGACCCAUAUUGGAAUGAAUGAUCUUCUUAGAAAAAUAGAUGACAUUGAAAUGGCUAAAAUAAUUGAUGAUACAAAUGUUUUAAUAUAUCAAACUUCUUUAUUUGUCCACUUUUAUAUAUGCAUUAAAAAAGUUUUUUUUAAUGCAGUUGUACUUUUCCUAAACAAACUCCAAACUAAUUUAGAUCUACUGUAAAGUAUGUUCUCGACUGAACCUUCACUCCCCACAUUUUUCACAGAUCAUUUGAAAAUGAUCUUUUGAGGCAGAGACAGAAUAUUUCACAUCAAAUUUGCAGCUUUCUAAGCAUAUAUUUUGGGCAGAGUUUGAACCUCUUCCUUUGUUUGAGCCUUAAGCUGUCCUUUGCUGUGGCCUUUCUCUACUCAUCUACUACAUGUGAAAUUAUAUAUGGUCUGAGUAGGAUGUAAAUUUGAGAACUUCAUGACUGUUAAAAAUAUGCUUGUGUACAGUAUGAAUAAAACAUCAUCAGGCAUGAAUGUGAUUAGUUUGAAUGCAAUCUGAAUGUACUACAUAUGUCCGUUACAUAUGUAUUCAGGGUUGGUGUCUGAGGAUAAUUCUUGGCUCAGAGCAACAGUCAGCAAAGAUUUUUGGUUACACUUUAUUCCGAUAGUCCACUUUAGACAUUCUACUAACUAUAAGUAACUUUGUAACUACGUGCCAACUAAUUCUCAUUAAUUUGCAACUACAUGUCUACUAACUCUCAGUAGGGUAGGUUUAGGGUUAGUAGAAUAAGUUGACAUAUACUUGCAAAGUUUCUCAUUCUAAAUAAAGUGUUAGAAGAUAUUUAGCAGACAGUCUACUAAUAUUCUAAUGACUGCUAGUUGACAUGUAGCUGCAAAGUUACUGUUAGUAGAAUGUCUAAAGUGGACUAUCGAAAUAAAGUGUUACCAGAUUUUUAAGUAAUCAACUAAUCCAAACAAUUUCAAUUUUCGUGAAAAAUAAAUAUUAUUGAGAAAAAUGUAUCCAGAAAUGUCAAAAUUCCAUAGGAAGGUAAUACAGGUCAGUUUGACCCCUUAAUGCAUUCUUUGGGUAGUGAUACAAUUUUAUUUUAUUUUUUUCCUGUACUAUGACCAAGAAAAAUGGAAAUUACAUUGAGUUUUUUUUUUUUUCUUUGUUUGUUUGUUUUGUUUUUUAAUCAUGGAAUAUCAAAUAUAUGUUUUCACUGAUGAAACAUUUAAACAAAUCACAGUGUUCCAGGGUUUAUUUGACCCCAUUUAUGCAUUCAAGGGUUCAGAAAAUAGAAAGUACCAUUAUUAUACAGGCCAAUUCACAUUGCAACGAUAGAUGCUGACCAGUGUGGACAAUCACCAGAUUACAGUACCUCACUCCUUAGAUAGUCCACGACCUGACAAACAUUCUAUUCAGCAUGUUCAGUUGGCAAAAACAACAGCCGAGAGCUGACCAUCACCAACAGAUACAAAUUGGACAAAAACAACAAACAUUUCUGUUGUCGUCAGUUGGUUCAGUGUGAAUCAGCCUAUAGUCUCAGCUUCUUUCUGCAAAUGAUAUUAAAAUAUGUUAUACAAGUUUCUUAAUAUUACAGCUGUCAAUAUUACUGAUGUGAAAUAAGUAAUUCUAUUUUAAUUGCUCUCAAAAUUUUUGGUGGAGGGCAAAGAUAUGUUUACAGACUAAUAUUUUUUGUUACUUAAUAUUAAAGCUGAAUAUGAAUUAAUUUUAGUAAAAAUAUAAAACUGUUAAACUAUAAUUCACUGUAAACUGUUAAAAACAAUUAUAUUUUAUUUUGUCAAGCUCAGACAACCAUUCAUUAGAUGACUGUUCCUCUGUUAAAACAUGUUAUGCUUAUUUUAUUGAUGUAUCAAUGUAAACCUCAUAAUCUAUUUUUAAAUUUUUUUUUUGUCUUUAAUUUUUUUAUAAACUUUUAGGAUUUUUUUGGUGGAGGGCGAAAAGCUUAUUUUUACAGAUUCCUAAAAAAAAAGCUUAACCCUUGCGUGGUGUUCAUAAUUUUGUUACUCAGCCAGUGUUCGUGGGUCUGGUGGACCCGCUGCAGUUUUGGGUUUUUAAUUCAACACAAUCAAAAAUUAUAUAUAAAAAUACUCAACAGAUGUUUACUUCAUCCCAAUUACAAGCAAUAUAAACAGCAUGCAUGGUCAAAAUUUGCCCUUUUCCUUUGUUAGAUCACUAUGAAUUAAAGUGCUACAACCUUGUGAGGGAAUGGCAGGGGCAGAAACACAAAACUCACACUUACACUCACACUCUUACAGACUCUCUCUCUCACACGUACACAUAAACACAAAUGUGCAUACUAAUAGUAGGCCCAGACAACAGGAGGACAGAGUGAAGGUACACAGGACCUAAAAUUUCCACCCUUCUAUUAGCAACAUAUAAUAAAAAGAUGGGGGGUGGGGUGCUACAGUGAGUGGCCAUUGAAAAUGUGUUCUGAUAUAUGUUCUUUACAGAAAAUGAGCCAAGGCCAAUGAGUCUGAGUUUGAAAAAAAUAAAAUAAAAUUAAUAGUAUCAUUUUUAUUUUGAUAAAAAGUGAAAACGGGUCCCACAGACCCAAACACCAUACAAGGGUUAAAUGAGUUCACAUAAAUGUUGGCAAAUGGAAAACCUAUGAACUAUUUAAUGUGUGCAUGGUAAAGGGAAAUUAAUUAACAUAAUUUGUUAAUCUUGCACAAUUAUAUUUUUGUCUAUUAUGCUCAAAAAGCUGACUGUUUCUUCUGUAAGGAACAAUUUUACAAUAUAUUACUUUAUUCAUAUGCCUCAUACAACAUAUCAAUAUCUGUUUAGGUGGAAGGGAAGGCAGUUAAAGUGAAUCUGUAUUGUCAUGUGGCUUGAGUUUUUGUUAAAACAUAACUACAUUUUCCUGUAUUAUUUUUUUUAUGCAUUUUGUUACAAAUAUCUUAAUAAACAAAAUAAUAAAUGAUACUAAUAACUGCAAGUGUAAACAUGUUUUUUUUCU